UAAAAGUUAAAGGAAGUAAUUUAGUCUCAAGUCGCCCUGCAGUUUGCACAUUUCUAACAUUUAGACUUUUAAAUCCACUUGAAUUUCUAGUAAAUAAUUUAAAAAAAUGAUUCGUAUAACGAUAGGACUUGUUGUUUGUGCUUGUGCGCUAGUUAUUGCGAGUGGAGGAGUGUUACCGGAAAAUUUAACCAUUGAAACAACAGAAUCAUCAAACUCGACUGAAAGUCAUUCGAUUGAUAAAAGAAAUGCUUUAUUAGACGUUUGGGAGGAAGUCAAAAAUUACAUCCAUUAUUUUAUUCGUGGAUGGUUCAGAAAAUCAGAUGACGAAGAAAAAGUAGCAGAAGAAAAAGGUUACCAACUUUUUAGGGGGAUUAUGGGAAAAAUCUGCGAAAUCGGAGAAUUUUUUAAAGGCAAGGAUGGGUCAGUUUGCUGA